AUGGCUUCCGGCGGGCGGCCAGCGCCGGAGACGUCCGCCUCGGAGAUAAGAUCCGUCCGGCGUCCAGGUGAGAGUCCGGACGAAAGUCUGGGCGAAACAGUCCUUCGCUGUCUUCUCCCGCCGCCUCCGCGGAACGUCUCUCUCCCCGCGGCGAUACGGAGAAGUUUCCCGGAGGCUUGCCUGCGCGGAGCGGUCAGUCUCCCGGAGCCGUCGUGGACCAGACCCACGCGGGGGGCAAUGCGGCCUCGGUCAGCUGCGCGCCCCGCCCCCGGCGCCGCUCUGGGGCCACCGCCCCCGCCGCCCCUGGUUCCCAGCCGGCCCGUGCUGGUGCCGAGCGACUGGGGAGGCGUUCUGGACGAGCGCCAGCUGGAUGCCCACCUGACCCAGGCCCAGGGCCGCGAGGCGCGCCUGUGGCUGGGGGGCCGAAUCCAGGUGGAGAUUUGCGAAGCUUUCCAGGAAGUCGUGUUGGGGCUCCUGAGAGUUGAGAACAUCUUUGACUUCUCCCAGACCACUUUUAACCUGGCUCUCACUAUCUUCAGCCGCCUCAUAGUUUCAGUAAAGAUAAAAAAGUGUUUACUCCAUUGUGUUACAAUUACUUCCUUGAGACUUGCUGCAAAAGUUAAUGAAGAAGAGGAGUUAAUUCCACGCAUAAAAGACUUCAUAAAGCACUAUGGCUCUGGCUAUUCCCCGAAUGAGCUGCUGAGGAUGGAGCUGGCUAUUUUGGACAAACUUCACUGGGAUCUCUACAGUGGGACACCGCUGGACUUCUUGACCAUAGGUUGA